CUUUCUAUUUAUGUAAAAGUCACGAAAACUGGAGACUCAUCUUACGGAUCUGUAUUCUAUGUGGUCUAUCCGCAAUACCUUAGCUACAAAAACAUGAAAAAGUUCCGAGGAGAAAACGACGUCACGUGUUCUUUGAUUGACAGUAAAAAUAAUGAUACAGACAUAGUUUUGAAAGAAGAAGAAUCGGCCAUAUCAUGUUUGUUUGGAAAUCCGAUGUCAAAUGAUACAGGUGUCGGCUUCCGGUUGUUUAUGAAGGUUCCGAUUUCCGUUGUUAAUGAUGAUUCUACAAUAAUGCUUCGCAUGCGUGUGACAACCUUGAGCGAGGAGCUUGAACCAACGGACAACAACCAGACAAUCACUAUUAAUUUACGCCAUAACCUAGAAGCCACGUUUUCAGGAAUAUCAACACGAGAACAGAUAUAUCUGGAGGAAAGUAAGGACACAUAUGAUAUGGAAAAUAUAUAUGAGUUAUACAAUAAAGGCCCAAGCAUUAUGCAGUCAGCAAUUGUAGAUAUCUCGUUUCCACAGUUACAAAGUUCCAACAAAGCUCUUUUGUUUCUCAACAGAACUGAGAUUCGAUGUGAACAAAAUUGUGAAGCCAAGUGCAGUCUUGUAGCGGAAUAUACGACACCAGCCAUAUACUCCUUCUUCAAAGGCCGACUUGUAUCAAACACGGAGAAACCAGAAACGGCGCUGUCAGAUAUUCAGAAUAAUGACUGUAAACAGCAGAAGUGUUCCAAAUUCGUUUGUGCCAUUUCUAAUAUACAACCAAAGACUGGUGCAGUUAUUUACAUGAAUUAUGUUAUAGACAGGAGUAUCGAAGGUGGAAUGAAGGAAGGAAAAUCAAUGACUCUCAUCUCAACUGCUAUGGUUCAGAUAAACAAAACCAACCUUAUCAGCAAUCAGACAGAGUUUUUACAACAGCUCAGUACUACAGUAAGGAAGAGAGCGCCUAUUAAGGAGGAAAUUCCAUGGUGGAUUAUACUUGUCAGUGUUCUUGGCGGUAUUUUGCUUAUAGCUCUGAUUGUUCUUGUACUCUGGAAGGUUGGAUUUUUCAAGCGGAAGAGGAGAGAUGAGCUUGAAAAGAGAAAAUCACCUGCUCCUGAUUCUGGAAAUAAAGUGAAUAAUGAAAAGAAGAGGGAUUCAUACACUGAUAGUGAAGGAGGAAUUAUAGACAAUGAAAUUCCACCAGCGAAUAAUGAGAAGGAAAAAUAUUGAUGGUAAACAGGUUUACCUGGUUGAACACACAUGGGUAUUUAGAAUGAAACCUAAUUGAUCGGUCCAAGGGGCUACAGGACUACGUAUGUGUCAGAAAAGAACAGCAAACAAAUUGCUUCAAACAUUUAUUGUUUAUAGUGGUACUCUCUAUGAUAAAACUUGAUUUUUAUUUUACGUUAAUAUUAUUUAUAUUUUGUGCUUUUCUUUGAAAAAAAAGAAAGAUUACAUGUAUACAAAGUAUCCAUAAGAUAGUAUACAACGCCUACUCGAUGUGGUAGUUACUAUACUAAUCUAUAUUUAUAUUGUUAUAUUUUCACAGUUACGAUUGCUGUUAAACUUUCACAAGUGUGAUUGCUGUUAAUUUGUUUGUUUUGGGUUUAACGCCGUUUUUCAACUAUUGCUGUUAAACAUGUACAGUCACGAUUAAUGUUAAACUCAUUUACAGUCACGAUUAAUGUUUAACUCAUUUACAGUUACAAUUGCUGAUUCACUAACUUACAGUUAAGAUCAAUGUUAAACUUAUUUACACUUACAAUUAAUAGUAAAAUCAUUUAUAGUCAUGAUAAAUGGUAAAUUCAUUUACAUUUACGAAUAAUGUUAAACGCAUUUACAGUUAAGAUCAAUGUUAAACUCAUUUACAGGUACGAUUAACUUUAAACACAUUUACAUUUACGAUUACUGAUAAACUCAGUUACAAUUCUUACUAAUGGUAGAUUUGUUUUACAUUUACGAAUAAUGUCUAACUCAUUUACACUUACGAUUAAUGUUUAACUCAUUUAUAAUUGCGAUUAAUGGUUAACUCACUUUACCGUUAUGAUUAAUGGUAAAGUAUUUUGCAGUUACGAUUAAACCUUUCAGUGCUAAGUUUCUAUAAUGGACUUGUCCAUCUUUAAAUUUGGACAGUGCAGUUAACUGUUAAAAGGGGUGCUUACUAAAAAGAUACUGACAGAAUGGCAAACAGUGCAGAUAUUUAUCAGACUGCACGGAUGUGCAGGCUUAUCAUAAUCUACACUGGUCGCAAAGACAGAGUCAUUCGUGUCCAGCAUGGUAAGGGUUAAUGUUAAACGCAAUAAAUUUUUACACUUACAAUAAACAGUUAACUACCCAACAGCUUCUAUCACUGGUAAACCCAUUUAGGGUAAGGAUUGUUGUUAAACUCAAUGUAAAUAUGUUUACAAUUACGACAAAUGUUAUACUCAUUUACACUAUUGCCUGUCUUAUUGUCUCAAAGUGUCAUGUUGUUACUCUUUAUUUUAGAUUCCAUGUAUCAUAUAUGUAACAACAUACAGAAGUGUAUUUUUCUUUUCUGAUGCCUGAAUAAACAUGAUCUGAG